CCCAGCUCCAUGAAUGGAAAUCGGCAGCGCAGGACCCGUCGGGGCACAGCCCCUACUCAUGGUGCCCAGACGUCCUGGCUAUGGCACCAUGGGCAAACCCAUUAAACUGCUGGCCAACUGCUUCCAAGUUGAAAUCCCAAAGAUUGAUGUCUACCUCUAUGAGGUGGAUAUCAAACCCGAUAAGUGUCCUCGGAGGGUGAACAGGGAGGUGGUGGACUCAAUGGUGCAGCAUUUUAAAGUGACAAUAUUUGGGGACCGUAGACCGGUUUAUGAUGGGAAAAGAAGCCUCUAUACAGCCAAUCCGCUUCCUGUGGCCACUACUGGGGUGGACUUGGAUGUGACACUACCAGGAGAAGGUGGAAAAGAUCGUCCCUUCAAAGUGUCAAUAAAGUUUGUUUCUCGGGUGAGCUGGCACUUGCUGCAUGAAGUUUUGACAGGAAGAACCUUGCCUGAGCCUCUGGAACUAGACAAACCUAUCAGCACUAACCCUGUUCAUGCUGUCGAUGUGGUGCUACGACACCUACCCUCCAUGAAGUAUACCCCUGUGGGCCGCUCCUUUUUCUCAGCUCCGGAAGGCUAUGAUCACCCCUUGGGUGGGGGUAGGGAGGUCUGGUUUGGAUUCCAUCAGUCUGUUCGGCCUGCCAUGUGGAAGAUGAUGCUCAAUAUUGAUGUUUCUGCCACUGCCUUCUACAAAGCACAACCUGUAAUACAGUUUAUGUGUGAAGUUCUUGACAUUCAUAAUAUUGAUGAACAACCAAGACCUCUGACUGAUUCUCAUCGGGUAAAAUUCACCAAAGAGAUAAAGGGUCUAAAGGUAGAAGUGACUCACUGUGGAACGAUGAGAAGGAAAUACCGUGUUUGCAACGUAACAAGGAGGCCUGCAAGUCAUCAAACCUUUCCUUUACAGUUAGAAAAUGGCCAGACUGUGGAGAGAACAGUAGCACAGUAUUUCAGAGAGAAAUACAACCUCCAGCUGAAAUACCCUCAUCUUCCUUGCCUACAAGUUGGACAAGAACAGAAACACACCUACCUGCCUUUAGAAGUAUGUAACAUUGUAGCUGGCCAGCGCUGUAUCAAGAAGCUAACGGACAAUCAGACAUCAACUAUGAUAAAGGCCACAGCGAGAUCUGCUCCAGAUAGGCAAGAGGAAAUAAGCAGAUUGGUGAGAAGUGCAAAUUAUGAUGCAGAUCCAUUUGUUCAAGAAUUCCAAUUCAAAGUCCGGGAUGAGAUGGCCCAUGUGACGGGGCGCGUGCUCCCAGCUCCAAUGUUGCAGUAUGGAGGACGGAAUCGAACAGUGGCAACCCCAAGCCAUGGAGUCUGGGACAUGCGAGGGAAGCAGUUUCACACUGGUGUUGAGAUCAAAAUGUGGGCUAUAGCUUGCUUUGCCACUCAGAGACAAUGCAGAGAAGAAAUACUGAAGGGUUUUACAGAUCAGCUGCGCAAGAUCUCCAAAGACGCAGGGAUGCCGAUCCAAGGCCAGCCCUGUUUCUGUAAAUACGCCCAGGGUGCAGACAGUGUGGAGCCCAUGUUUCGACACCUCAAGAACACCUAUUCGGGGCUUCAGCUCAUCAUUGUCAUCCUGCCAGGGAAAACACCGGUGUAUGCGGAGGUGAAGCGUGUGGGAGAUACACUGUUGGGAAUGGCCACACAGUGUGUUCAAGUCAAGAACGUCAUUAAAACAUCUCCACAGACCCUAUCAAAUCUGUGCCUGAAGAUUAAUGUUAAACUAGGAGGAAUCAACAACAUUCUUGUACCUCAUCAACGACCUUCUGUGUUCCAGCAGCCAGUGAUCUUUUUGGGAGCCGAUGUCACUCAUCCUCCUGCUGGAGAUGGAAAGAAGCCUUCCAUAGCUGCUGUUGUAGGUAGUAUGGAUGCUCAUCCAAGCCGGUACUGUGCCACGGUGCGAGUUCAGCGACCCCGGCAGGAAAUCAUCCAAGAUCUAGCCUCCAUGGUGAGAGAGCUUCUCAUCCAGUUCUACAAGUCAACACGGUUCAAGCCCACACGUAUCAUCUUCUAUAGGGACGGAGUCUCUGAAGGACAGUUUCGACAGGUUUUGUAUUAUGAACUGCUAGCCAUUAGAGAAGCCUGCAUCAGUUUGGAGAAAGAUUACCAGCCUGGAAUAACAUAUAUUGUGGUGCAGAAGCGACAUCAUACACGAUUGUUCUGUGCUGACAGAACAGAAAGGGUUGGACGAAGUGGCAAUAUUCCAGCUGGAACAACUGUAGAUACAGACAUUACACAUCCAUAUGAGUUUGAUUUUUACCUCUGUAGCCAUGCUGGAAUACAGGGUACCAGCCGUCCCUCACACUAUCAUGUUUUGUGGGAUGAUAACUGUUUUACUGCAGAUGAACUUCAGCUGCUGACUUACCAGCUCUGCCACACAUAUGUGCGCUGUACACGAUCGGUUUCUAUACCUGCACCAGCGUAUUAUGCUCACCUGGUAGCAUUCAGAGCACGAUACCAUCUUGUGGACAAAGAACAUGACAGUGCUGAAGGAAGCCAUGUUUCAGGACAAAGCAAUGGGAGAGAUCCACAGGCCCUCGCGAAGGCUGUACAAAUUCACCAAGACACCUUACGCACGAUGUACUUCGCUUAAGUCAAUAAAAUGGGAGCAUACUCACUGAAAGGAAGAACUGAAAAAUUAAGCCACAUACAAUGUAUGUUUCCAGUGGGGUUGGUUUAUGGGGUGUGCCUCCGAUCAUG